UCUCCAUAAGUGUCAGAACUGUCAGUCAAAUUUGUUAUUUUUUUAUUUUGAGCAAAAUUUCCAACUUAUUUUCCUAGUUUUCAGUAUUCACUAGUAGAAAAAAAAAACACACAACAUUGAAUUUAUUCUGCCCCAAAAACAAGGGUUAAUUAACUAACUCAAUUCAAAAUGGCACUUAAUCGAAUGGGUCAGUUUUGGUUAUGCUCAACAAGAAAAAGUCUGUUUCAAAAGAAUGCUACAAACAAGUAUACUAAAUCAACUAGGAGCUUCAGAAAAGGCCGGAACGACGUCCAGGGUCAGGAAGAGGUGAAAAUCGAAACUGGAAGUCUAGCAACACCAUUUACUAAUGUUCAUGUAGCAUCUGGUGAUUUGAGAAUAGCAAAACUAUGGAAGCCGUUUCUGUUUACAGUUGGGUUUUCAGGUGCCACAUUCGUUGGUUGCGCUAUAUGGGAGUACGAAAGUAUGAGGUCCCACGCACUCAAUAUGCUCAAGAAGCCGAUAAAGUUUUUUAGAAGGCAAGCUGAAUAUGGCUUAGAUAAAUCGAAUAAAUUGUCAAAAGAAGUUACCAAAUGGUGGAAUUCCCUAACUACAGGCCAAAAAGUAUUCGGGCCAAUAUGCGCUCUAAAUAUCUUGGUGUUUGCCGCUUGGAGAAUACCCAGAUUGCACCCGUUUAUGCUUAAUUAUUUUGCAUCGAACCCUGCUAGUCCACAUCAAUGUCUGCCAAUGCUCUUGUCCUCAUUUAGUCAUUACUCAGGGUUCCAUUUGCUAGCCAAUAUGUAUGUUCUACAUAGCUUUAGCACAGGCGCUGUUUACAGUUUAGGAAAGGAACAAUUCACUGCUUUAUACCUUAGUGCAGGGGUGAUUUCUAGCUUUACCAGUUAUUUCUAUAAAAUUUUAAGAAAACAGCCUGGAUUGUCUUUAGGAGCAUCUGGUUCCAUAAUGGCAAUUCUGGCAUAUGUCUGCAUGCAAUAUCCAGAAACUCAACUAGGAAUCAUUCUUUUACCAUUUAUCACUUUUUCGGCUGGCACAGCAAUAAAAUUCAUUGUGGGCCUAGACGCUGCGGGUGUACUUAUGGGUUGGAAAUUUUUUGAUCACGCUGCGCAUUUAGGCGGUGCAGCUACAGGAAUUUGCUGGGCCUUAUAUGGAAAUAAAUACGUUUGGCCGCAAAGAGAGCCCAUUGUAAGCUACUGGCAUCAGGUACGAGGGUCAAUUAAAUGAAAUUUUUUAUUGAAUAUUUUACAGACAAUAUUUAAUUUAUACACAGCAAAGAUUGUUUUUUAUUAGUUUUAACAAAGGAUUAAUAAUAAAUUAUUUUCCAAGAAAAUAUGAA